AUGAAAUUAUGGUGCCUGUUUCUCGUUUUUCUCAUGUUUACAACUUCGGCGUCAUACGGUUAUUUGAAUGAAUACAUCGAUCCUUUAAUCAAUUAUCCCAAUGUGAAAACUCUCCCAUCAUCAUAUUCCAUGCAACACAAUCGAUAUAGACGAUCAACUAUUGUCAAACGCUCUCAACGUAAUGCAAAUAUUCUUUAUCGAUAUUGCCGCCGAAAUGGUCAAGCACCCAAUUUUUGUUUAAAAUAUGCUGUAAGAAUGAUAUUUGCUACAGGUCAUUGA